UGUGUGUGUGUGUGUGUGUGUGUGUGUGUGUGUGUGUGUGUGUGUGUGUGUGUGUGUGUGUGUGUGUGUGUGUGUGUGUGUGUGUGUGUGUGUGUGUGUGUGUAUGGAGACGUGAACACUUUCUCUCAGAGCCCCCCUUAUUCCCCUCCCUGCGACCCCCCGAACCCGGAUUAAACCGAUUUAUUUUUUUCACGUUAAACGUAACCGUUAUUCGGGGCUAAACCGAGCCGCGAUGUGGAUUCAGGUCCGCACUAUAGACGGGACGGAGACCCGCACGGUGGAGGAUCUGUCCCGGCUCACCAAGAUCGAGUCCCUGCGUCUCAAAAUACAGAAGAUCUUCAAUGUGGACCCUGAAAGACAGCGCUUAUUCUACAGGGGCAAACAGAUGGAGGAUGGACAGACACUAUUCGAUUACAAUGUUGGCCUUAAUGACAUUGUUCAGCUUCUCAUUCGCUCUCACACUGAUCCAGCUGACAGUCCAAGCCCUACUCCCAACAGUGGAGAGGUCAUGACUGGUAACGCUACUCCUCCCAGCAGCAGCUCUACCACACCCACAGCAACCACAGUAACCACGGCAACCACGGCUUCCCCGGCAACGGUCAGCAGCAAUAGUGGGUCAGCAUUAGAAAGUCAGCCUUCGACAUCAUCAUCUGCUGACCUCAUCAAUCCAGGGAUUGGAGUAUAUAAGAUUAACGAGCUGGUGGACUGCAGGGAUGUAAGCAUCGGCGCCUGGUUCGAGGCCACUAUCGAGAAAGUCACGCUGUCCAACAAAGGGAGCAAAAGCAAAGCUGAGACAGCAGCAUCAUCUACAGGCAGAGCAGGAAGAAAUGGCAAGCGCAUUAAUGGGAAGGUGGAGACGGAGUCAGAAACAAACGGCACUGUGCCGCCACACUCGAACAGUGAAGAGCCUUCAACAUCUCAGACUGAAGCAGAAGAUUCUGGCAGAGAAGUUAUCGGCUACCAUAUUAAAUACGAGGAUUACCCAGAGAAUGGUGUGGUGGAAAUGAACGCAGAGGACGUGCGUCCUCGAGCUCGGACACUACUACGGUUCGAACAGCUCGAGGUGGGACAGGUGGUAAUGGUCAACUACAAUUUGGAGCUUCCAGAAGAGAGGGGAUUCUGGUAUGAUGCUGAAAUCACCACGCUCAACCAUAUCUCCAGGACCAAAAAGGAGGUGCGCGUGAAAAUCCUACUCGGAGGCCCGACUGAUGUGAUUAGUGAUUGUAAGCUGUUGUUUCUGGAAGAAAUCUACCAAAUUGAGAAACCUGGAGCUCCUCCUCUCUCCGUCACCAACGGCCAGUUUAAACGUAAGAGUGGGCCGGAGUGUAAGCACUGUAAAGCUGACCCGGAUGCAGAGUGUCGGUUCUGUUCAUGCUGCGUGUGUGGGGGGAAGCAGGACGCACACAUGCAGCUGCUGUGUGAUGAGUGUAACAUGGCCUUCCAUCUGUACUGCCUCAACCCCCCACUAUCCACCAUUCCAGAGGAUGAAGACUGGUACUGCCCCACUUGUAAGAAUGACACAACAGAAGUGGUGAAAGCAGGCGAAAGGCUGAAAGAAAGUAAGAAGAGGGCAAAGAUGCCUUCAGCAACCAACGGGAGCCAGCGGGACUGGGGAAAGGGAAUGGCGUGUGUGGGUCGUACGAAAGAAUGCACCAUUGUUCCAUCCAAUCACUAUGGUCCGGUUCCUGGAAUUCCUGUGGGAACCACAUGGAAGUUUCGUGUACAGGUGAGUGAGGCAGGAGUGCAUAGACCACAUGUGGGUGGGAUUCAUGGACGCAGUAAUGACGGCUCCUAUUCACUCGUGCUAGCCGGAGGAUUUGAAGACGAAGUGGAUCGGGGGGAUGAGUUCACCUACACAGGCAGUGGAGGUCGUGACCUUUCAGGAAACAAGCGAAUCGGAGAACACUCAUUUGAUCAGACGCUAACACACAUGAACAGGGCACUUGCUUUGAAUUGUGACGCUCCUUUGAAUGAUAAAGAUGGGGCGGAGUCUCGUAACUGGAGGGCAGGGAAGCCUGUCAGAGUGAUCCGAAGCUCAAAAGGCAGGCGAAUCAGCAAGUAUGCACCGGAGGAAGGAAACCGCUAUGAUGGAAUAUACAAGGUAGUCAAAUAUUGGCCUGAAAUUGGAAAGUGCGGCUUCCUGGUCUGGCGUUACCUGCUGAGACGUGAUGAUGUGGAACCUGCACCAUGGACACCUGAGGGACUCGAACGCAGCAAAAAACUCGGACUGAAAGUACAGUACCCUCCUGGUUAUUUGGAGGCGAUGGCCAAUAAGAGCAAGAAGGAAGCGCCUGUGCGAGGAGGAAGGAGUGGAGCUCCACGUGGUAAGCGACACGGCGGAAGAGGAAGGCCGAGAUCUGGACGACCGCCAAAGAGGGUAAAGGAAGAAGAGGAGGGGGAGAGAGGGGGUGAGGAACCUGCAGAGAACAAGGACGGAGAAACACAAAAGAAUGGAGAAGAGGACUCACAGAAAGACACAGUGUGUAAGGAGCAGCAGGAGCCCAAAGCAAAGCGGUUAAAGGAAGCAGAGGCAUUUGUGUUAUCAGAGCAGCAGCGUUCACUUAUACAGGAAGAUCAUGUGAACAAGAAAGUGUGGGAUGAGGCUCUGAGCUUCCUCACUGAAGGACCGAACUUCCUGCGUAAGGUGGAGCAGAUCUUCAUGUGCGUGUGCUGCCAGGAGCUUGCUUACCAGCCCGUUACUACACCUUGCCAGCACAAUGUCUGCAAGACCUGCUUACACCGAUCAUUCAGAGCUGAAGUGUUCACCUGCCCAGCAUGUCGCUACGAUUUGGGGAAAGAUUACGUCAUGGUGCUGAAUAAAAACCUGCAGCAGCUCCUGGAUCAGUUUUUUCCUGGAUACAGCAAGGGACGAUGAGAUGUCACCGGAGAUGUGGACAGAAAUAAUCUCCAUCCAGUUCAAUGGCACUUACACAUAUACACACACACACACACACACACACACACACACACAAUCAGUGCACUAGCUCCUACACCCAACACAAUAAAAAAAAACACACACAAUCAGUGCACUAACUCCAACACUCAUAAAUCGCACAUGCACACACACACACACACACAGACACACACCUGCUUCAUGUAGAUGUUUUUUUUCAUUAACACCAGCCUGAUACUUGUAUCCCAAGGACACCUAGGUCAUCACCAUGACCACGACCUCUGCUGGUUGUGCGUGGGAUUAUUCCUACAUACACUUCCCUCAACUGAAGGACACACACAAAUUUAUAAAACACACUUUCUACAAAGGAGCAACGGAAAACUAGUAACAACUCUUUUCAACGGAUCUGUUAAGGAUGGACUAAUAGCUAAUGCUCAUCAAGUGCUAGUUGCUGGUAACAGGGGAAAAAUGGCUCACAAUUCUCCAUAAAAGUGACAUAAUUUAACCAAACAAUGCUAACCCAGCAUCAAAGAAUCAACUUAAAGGUGGUUAGUAAGAAUAGAAUGUUCAGAUGGAUUUACUGUUAAAACUGUCAGUCGUGUAAUUCAGUAUCCUUUUGUUAUCUGUUUAUCACAGCAAUCUUGAUAGCUAUACACCAGAUUACUGAAUUACAAUUAGGUUAAUUGCUUGAUCUGGGAUUGCUAAAUAUUUAGAGCUAGCUGGCUAGCUAAUCCUCAUGCUUCUCAAAUUUAGAUUUUUAUGUUUUACAAUAAAAUUUUGUUAAUAACAACAAAAUAAUAGUAAAAACAGAAUAAUGUAUCAAAUUUAAUGACAUGAUGGCUGUAUAUGUAGGAAUACAGUAGUCAGUCAUGCACAUCUGAACUUGUACACUGAGUGUGUUACGAUGCCCUGUGCAGCAUAAGCAAGACUUGCAGCUGGCUUCACCUCAAGCAUGUGUUUGCCCUUACACUUCCUAAUUGUUAGCUCUCAUGUGACAGGGAAGACCUGGCUAGUGUUUUUUUUGGCUAGAUAACUGAAAAGAUCUCACUCAUUGGUUUAUGUACAAACAAUUCUGAUGCCUGAAGACUCACAAAUUACCCCAUUGCUAAUAGCUAAUAUAUUUAGGAUAUGAUAACUGUAAAACACAGUUUCUUAGUUUUUGACUUACAACAGUAUGGAUAAUAUCCAGCAGUAUUUACUAUGUCACUGUUAACACACGUGUUAGAUAGCUAGUGUUUUGGUAUAGCUAAACAUAUACAGCUAGCUGGCUGGCUAAGGCUGUAAUGGGAUUUUAGUUAUCUCUUACUUAUUUUGUGUUCCACAAUGAUUUUUUUCUUCUUCAUAUCAUUACACAAACCUGAAUAAGUUCUCACCUAAUUAGUUUUGUAGCUAAUAAAUUCAAGCAUGGAUAACCAUACAAAAUCACUGUUCUUUGUAUAUUAUUGUAUAGGUUGAUGGAUCCCUACAGCAUGGUAGGUAAAGAUUGCUGUAGUGUGAUAUUGGUUUAUUUUAUUGAAAUUUGAGGAUGUACAGUCCAAAAGGUCUUCAUUAUGCUGGCUGUUUUCCGUUCUAGAACAGGUGAACUUGCCAACAACCCUAGCUGGGCAAUUUUUGGGCUCAUUUUUAGUAGCUAGCAGGUCUUGAGUCCUGAAACUAUGUUAUUGCAGGUAACUACUUUGCCAGCAUCAGAAAAGGGUGCGAUCAGGUUUCUAGCAUAAUGUGGCAACUCGAAAAUUCGUGGCAUUUUCAUGUGACAUUUGAUUACACUAAUUUAGUAAUAUUUCACCGAACAACCAUGGUUAGCCAGUCAGCAAGCUAAUGCUAGCCUCUUAGCUUAUGGUCAUUGUUGCUGGGAUAAUAAUGUUUGGUUAACUCUAACAUUUCUUCUACCAGGGACUGUUUUUUUUUUUUUUUGGUAAUUCUAAAAUGGUGACUUUUGCCUGAGAGUGGCAGUUAACAAACAGUCUUUCCUUUGGGAUGAAAUAAAUACAAGGAGAAUUUGUCACAGAGGUAAAGUCUGGCUCUCUGUCAAUAUUCAAUUCUUGAAUAGGAUUGACCAGCUGGAUUGCAAAUGAAAUAUACAGUUCUUGGAGAAGUGCAGUGCCUAAACUGAGUUAAAUUCAUUCAAUAAUAAAAACUGAUUUAAAGGUUUCAAAAGGUUUGGCUGAAAAACAUAGCUCAUAUUCCCAAACUGGGUCGAAUCAGGGCCCAGCUGUGGUAUAUCUUAGCAUGUCUCAGCUUUUCUUGUUGAUUUUUUUAUUAUUAUUUAAAUUUAGUCUCAGAGACCUACAGUUUAUAUCUAUUGCAGACCUGCCAACCUUUAAGCAAUUUGCAUAGAAACAACAUAUUCUAAUAUCAGUUUGUUAGUCGUGGUUCAUUUAUUUACCAAUAAAACUGGCAGAUGGGCUAAUCUCUAUUUGAAUCUGGAAUGACUGACAGGGAUGUUUUGAAAUCUUAGAUAUUGAUUGUUUGCCCCACCCCCUUCCACUAUCUCACGAGUAAUGUUUUGGUUUGUCUCGGCUCUGUUUUCCCGCUGAUGUAGCGCCCUCGCUUCCUGUAAUGCUAAAUGGAAAAAUGUUUUGUUUUUAUUAAUGUUAAAUUAACUUUUAUCAGUUUUAGUCCCAUUACUAGCAUUACACAAGUAUAUAUUAAACAUCACCUCACUAUAGUCAUUUAGGGAUGCAACCUAAAGUUUUUCAGACAGUAGAGAAAAAAUAUGUAGUAGGCUCACAAGCAUGUGAGAACUCUAUAAUGCAGUUGUAAUACAGUUUUAUUUGUAUAGCAAUUUUACCAAUGGGCCUUGUCACAAAGCAACUUUAGAGAAAUAUAUUAAUUCUGGAUAUAACUUUUAAAACUUUAUCCCUAACAAGCAAGUCGGAGUCAAUGGUGGCAACGGAAAAGAGACAACCAGACUCAAAUUACUCUGACAUAUUAAUGGUAUUAAAAAUUUACAAGUGAUUAUAAACCAGAUUGCACAUAUAUACAGGGUUUUACAGUAAAUACCAGGCAUUUAGGGGAGAAACAGCAUUUCUUCUUCUGGCUUAUCAAUUAUAAUGGCAAUGUUUCUGUUUUACAAUAAAUUAUCAUAUGUGUAAGAACUAUAAGAAUAGUUCUAAGAAUUAUAAGACUGGAAAAAAACCCCACUGUUUUGCUGUUCUGCCAAAUGUAAAUAAUCCUACUGGAGACUCAAAAUGGAAAUAGAUCAUAACCAUAGAUCAUAGAGUGAUAGCAGCCUGUUGGUGUUUGGAACCUGUUACUUUUCCUGUAAUCAGAAGUUUUUUGUCUACAUCUUAACUAAAACAGACAGCAGCUCCAUCAGUGCCUAGUGUUUACCCCAAAAACUCUGUAUGUGCUCACACUCCAAGUGACAAGUUGAUUUAUAGAAAGAUCAUAUUAAAAAUGUUUUGAUUUUUAAGUAUGAAUAAUGCAUUACUAUGUAUUAUUCCUCUUUAGGGUUGGCAGAUCUGUGAAUAGUUAUUGAGAAUAAGCUACAUUCAGUUCAGGAGUCUUAUUAUAGUGUUAGAAUCAUUCUGAGGCUUGAAGACAAAAAUUAAAGGCACCACUUCUGGAUUAUGAGCCAUUCAAAAUCUGAUCUAGAUCAGAUUUUUUUGCCCUGUUUCUGUCAACGUCAAAAAAACCACUUGCUGUUUUUAUUCACACAAGUCCAGAGAGGUUAUGCAGUAUAUUUACUUAUCUGUCCAGAUCAUCUCAACUUAAUAAAUGUUCAUGUUUUUUUUAACAGGUAGUUACAUUAUCAGUCACAUUUGAUCUGUAGUUUUGUUGUUUUCAAUCAUUCGUUAUUGCCAUAAUAUUAAAAUAUGAACAUUUGUAUGGAGUUUUUUUUAUUACUUAUGAAAUGUACUGUAAAGAAACAAUUUAAUGAAUUGAAAAUUAUUCAUUAUUAUUCAUUAUCAUUAUUACUCUGUAAUUGCAAUUUCACCAUUACAUGUAUUUAUUUACAGCAUUUUAUACUUUUAUUACAUUCAGAUUACAAUUAAGAGUCACAACUUAGCAAUUUUUCAAAAUACAUAGAGGUCUGAGAAAGUGAGCCAAUGGGACAGCGCCAGGGAGUUAAAGGGGGUGGAGCUAGGCUAAUUGGGGGUGGAGCUUGCUUAUAGCAAAGCUAUAAGCAAAUUAUAAACAAAAUCAUGCACAAAAAGUACAGAUUUAUGUAGUAAUGGCCUACAGAGUUAUAAUUCAUAAAAUAACCUUAUUACUUCCGACAAAAAGAAAUGCGAUGUUUUGUUUUGACUGUUGUUAAUGUAAGCAUUAUCAAUGCAUAGCCUCCCUGGACUUCAGUAAUUCUUUCAGUCUUUUGUUUUCCAGCAAAAAAAAGUCCCUUAUUUUUGCAAACAAUGGAAAAGUCAAAAUUUUGGUGAAUAGUGUUUAACCUGUAGUCACACAGCCAGCAUUAUGUCGGCAUCAUGAUCCUAAUGAGUGACAGGCAUCACUGAGUCAUCAGGGGUGGGGCUUAAGUUAACAUUUGAUCAGCCGAUUGCAGAUUAAAAUUUAGCACCACUUGUCUUUUUUAAAUAAUUUUGACCUUUUUUUCGGUGAGGUGUGUAACAUAAAAGACUGGUUUGAGUAAUACAAUAUAAUAGUAUAGCAGCGUAGUAGCCUAGUAUUAGCUUUAAAACAGCGGCAAGUAUUUUGCGAGCAUCAGCACAGUUAUGCAUUUGUUAUGUUUUUUUAUGUUUAAAAAGGAAAAUGUUUACAACUGGCUGAUCAAAUGUUACUUAUGCUAAUCUCCUGCUGUCAUGAAAAUACAUGACACUGUAAAACCAGGAUUUGAACCCAUAUCUCUUGAACCCAUUCUCACUUGUGCGUUUGCUCCUAAAUUGUCUGUCUUGUUUGUGGAGGGAGAGAGCAUGUGAUCUUUUCAGUUUUUUCUUUUAUUUUUAUUUGAACAAGUUAACUGAUGAAACUGCUUCAUGAACUGCUAUACUGUAUCUGUGGCUAAAUGUGAUUUGCAGUCUGAUUUUCCUUUAUUUCACCUUCCAUUCUUUUUAAUUACCCCUGCAGUAGUUGGUGAUGCUAGUAAACCCCAUUCUUGUGAGUUUCACUCUCACUCUCUCUCUCGUUGGUUCUCUCUUGCUCUAGUCCUAGUUCCUGUUCUGCUGCUUUGCUUUUCUGCCUUCAUGUCUGUUCUGUUUUGCAGCACGUACUGAAGGAGAAGACUUUUAAACAAUGUAAAAACAGUUGAUGUGUUAUUAUCAUGAGCGCUGAUCAUGACGUCGUUUUUCUAGUGUUUAAUCCCUCUUUUAUGUUCAUCAUCAGUUCUGUUGAUGUGGCAAACACUUACCUAAUGACGCACAACCUGCCUCAGCAGCAACAUGGCUUCAUAUUGUGAUCCCAAAAUUUUAUACAUGGUAUUAUACUUGAUAUGUACCUAUUAAAUAUUUUGAUUUCAGAAAUAA